AUGCAAACACUUAAUGUUAAAAGAGAUAAAGUUAAUUUAAAAGAAGAAGAAAUUAAUAAAAAAUUUAUAGAAGAAAUUAAUAAAGUAAUUGAAGGAUAUAAAGAAACAUUUAAAGAAUUAGAAAAUAUUAUUGGAUAUAUUGAUUGUAUUCAAUCAUUUGCUACAAAUGAAAGUGAAAAAGGAAUUAUUAAAAUUAAAAAAGCAAGACAUCCAUUAAUUGAAAAUAAUAGUAUAAAUACAUUUAUUGAAAAUGAUAUUGAUAUUAAUAGAAAAGAAACAAGAUUUCAAAAUAUUACAGGACCAAAUAUGGGAGGAAAAUCAACAUAUUUAAGAAUGAUUGGAUUAUGUGUUAUUAUGGCACAAAUUGGAAUGUUUAUUCCAUGA